CUCCGAAUAUUCAUUGAAUCACCAGCUAUCUAUAUAGCCGGGAAAAUGUUUUCGUCACUCAAGUCGCUCGGCUCUAAUAUACUGACAAACUACCAAAUCUCCCCAAGCCCGACAGUGAUUGCUGGCCCUUGGAAGAUCCAUAAUGGAAAGAAGAAAUCCACUGGCACCACUGCGUCUAUCUUCAUCUUUGAGAGAAAAUCCCUGGAGCCACGGGUGAAUGGGCUGGGCGGUCGCUCCAGUUCUUCGACGAAGAAGUUGCACGAUGCAGUUGUUGAGAGACUUAAGCGCGAGGCCAGCAAUUUAGCACGACUCAGACAUCCGUCCAUUCUGCAGGUUCUUGAGCCGGUAGAGGAGACGCGACACGGUGGGCUCAUGUUUGCGACUGAACAAGUUAUGACUUCUCUUGCUGGCCUCUUGCAUGAGAAAGACGAGCAGGAAACUUCUUCAAGAAUUGGCGCGAGGCCUAGUCGCUACGUGGUAGAGGACUCCGACGGACGACGGAGAAGGAGGGAUCUCGAGAUCGAUGAACUUGAAAUCCAAAAGGGUCUUUUGCAAGUGGCUAAAGGCCUCGAAUUUCUUCAUGAGUCUGCCGGCCUAGUUCAUGGGAACCUUAAUCCGGAAGCCAUUUUCAUCAACGCUAAAUCUGACUGGAAGAUUGCAGGGCUUGGGUUUGCUGGCCCUCCUGAUUCUUCUGAACCUCAGUCAUCCCUACCGCCACUGGCUUUAUCUGAGGUUCUCUAUCAAGAUCCGAAACUGCCCACAUCAGUCCAAUUGAACCUCGACUACACGUCCCCAGACUUUGUCCUAGAUUCUAACGUAUCAACAUCUGCCGAUUUAUUUUCUCUUGGGCUGGUGAUUAUAGCCCUCUAUAAUUCUCCACAUGUCUCUCCGCUUCAAGCACAUUCAAGCGUCAAUACUUACAAGAAACUGCUUAGCACUCCUUCUACCACUCCAUCGCAAAGCAAUAACUUCCUCUCCUCCGGGCCUAUCCCCAAGGAUAUUCUCUCGCAUGUCCUACCCAGGUUGAUAACGAGACGACCUGCUCAGCGCAUAAAUGCGAGGGAAUUCCAGCAAUCACAGUACUUUGAUAACAUUCUGAUAUCGACUAUUCGCUUCCUGGAGUCCUUGCCGGCCAAGAACCCGAACGAAAAAUCCCAGUUUAUGCGUGGUCUACAACGCGUGCUGCCGGAAUUUCCCGUUUCCGUUCUCGAAAGGAAAAUUUUAGGCGUACUACUGGAAGAGGUGAAAGAUCGUGAGCUUCUGCCGCUCAUACUGCAGAACGUUUUUGCGAUCCUGAAGCGAAUUCCUAGCGGGCGCCGUAUAUUUCCUGAAAAAGUAAUCCCUCGUCUCAAGGACAUAUUCCCAGCUGGUUCGGCGAAACCAGCAGCCCAGGAGCGCGAUUCCAAGAAGGAUGCUGGUCUCAUGGUCGUGCUUGAAAAUAUGAGCGUUGUGACGGACAAUUGUUCUGGCAAGGAUCUCAAAGACGAUAUCCUUCCACUAAUCCGACUGGCAUUGGACUCACCCACCCAUUCACUGGCGGAUGCCGCCAUCAAGUGCUUGCCCGUGAUACUCCCUAUCCUCGAUUUCAGCACUGUGAAAAAUGAAAUAUUCCCUCCCAUCGCUUCAACAUUCAGCAGGACCAAUAGCCUCGCCAUCAAAAUUCGCUGUUUAGAGGCUUUUGCUGUACUUUGUGGCGGCUCCGUGGACGAAGAAACCAGGGCUGAGGAUGAUUUAACAGGAGUGAUCCAAGACAACAAAACCCAGUCCAGCAGAUCCUCGAUUCUUGACAAAUAUACCAUUCAAGAGAAACUUGUACCUUCUCUGAAAGCGAUCAAAACAAAAGAGCCUGCUGUGAUGAUGGCUACCUUGAAAGUGUUUAGAGAGAUCGGCAAGGUUGCUGAUACAGACUUUCUUGCUUUGGAAGUCCUUCCAAUUCUCUGGGCUUUUAGCAUGGGGCCGCUUCUUAAUGUCCGCCAGUUUGGGGAAUUUAUGGGGCUCAUAAAAACUCUCUCCACAAAAGUCGAACAGGAGCAGACGAGAAAGUUGCAGGAGCUUUCUUCUGGGGGCGAUUCUACUGGGCUAGGGAAUGGGGUAGCCUCUUCUAAGGCUCCUGGAGCUUCUAGCAAUUCAGACGUGGGCAACGCAAGGGAUGAUUUUGAGCGCCUUGUCCUUGGGAAAACUUCCACAACGUCGAGUAGUAACGACAUCGACCCAUUAGGUGGUCUGGGCUCGGAGGCGAUGAUUUCCAAACAUCCAACGCAGGCUAUGACUCCUGCAUUAUCCUGGACUUUAAGUACUCCUGGAACAACCAGCAAAACGGGCAGCUUAGGUGCAGUACGUGUGUCGUCGACACAGUCCAAUCUUAACUUCCGUUCUGUGACACCCGACUACAAUUCAAGUUCCUUUCCGACUCUCGAACCUGCUCACAGGCAAAAGUCGCCUGUCUCUCAGCUUACAGCAUUUCAACAGCAGUCAAGCUCGAUCUGGGAUGCUCCGCGCACCGUGGCCGGCCAACAGAACAAUUCGUCAUUGGCAGGUAUGACGACUAUGAGGCCUUCUUCCAAUGCUUCUAUGGCCGCCCAACCUCCCCAGCGGACGGCCAACUAUUCUGCAUUUUCCAUUCCUCCCCCUCCUGCGUCGAAUUCGACUAUAUUUGCCGGCUCGAGUAUAUCCACUGCUGGUCAAGUACCAUUUGGGUCAAAUAUUGCCCCAAAUGCAUUUUCAAGCAACACUUAUUCUCAACCGUCGCAAGGAUCACAGAAGCAGGGUCUGGAUAAGUAUGAAAGUUUGCUAUGAUUAUGUGGGACCUUCCAUAGCGCCUUCUUAUUGGAUACCCAAGUUCAUGAUAUGAAUUAUUAUUGCAACUGUAUUAAUAUUAAUUGAAAUUUUGUACAUCUAAAGGACUUGUUACGAUCAUAAUCCUGGAGUAUGAGAAUCAGGAUGAACCCAGCCAACAGUAAAGACUGUUACUUGGAGAUUAACUUGGUGAUGGGUAUUGCAGCUGGACGUAUGUCUCAGCAUGACUUUACUAUAAUGAAUUUGAAUGUUACCUUCUUGG